AUGGUUUCAUUCGAUACUAGUCGAGCAUUUUUGAACAUUGUCUGUAAAAACUUGGGUUUUGCUGACCCGUUGGAAGCAAUUGAGGAUUUUCUAUCUCGUGAUUCAUCUGUACAUCGUAGUCUACUCAAAACGUUAUUCGGUGAUUCAAGUAGCAGUAGCAAUUCGGAUCCUUAUGGUACUCCUUUUGGCCUGGCGUUUUACAAAUCAAUUGUAACCGACCGCCGUUUGUUCAAAAUACCGACAACUUACGGAACUACAGUGUUGCGAAAGCAGAGACCACAUGAGGAGUCAACCCAUACAUCACAGAAAUCUUUCACCGAAGCCGGCACAUUCACCGUUCUCGGAGUAUCCGAAUUCGGGGGCACACAAAGAGCCUCGAUCAUAGGGGAAUAUGAUCGACAGUUGACAACAAAAGUGCCAUCUGCUCGCGAGUCCAUCAUUAGUGCACACGGAAUCACUGCGACAUCGAACACCACUGAAACGGAUGCCACUACCGGCGGCGCAAAUAACCCACCUCAACAAAACCAGUACAUUCUCGUGGCCCGAAUGUAUCCCCGCGAGUGUCUGAUGGUAAUGCCACUUUCCGUAUUCGGUUCGGGUAAAGUUGUGAAUGAGGAAAAUCUCUAUUUCUUUGCCAUUCGUAACAAAGUGGCCAGAGCUACCAUGGACAGUGCACUGCGAACACGGCAAGCGACCGAAUCCAGUCCCUCGUUCUCAUCACACAUUACAACUGGAUGCCUUCGCGGCUCGCUGCUCGAAUGUGCACACCGACUGUUUUCCAAGGUUUUUCUGCGUCUCUUGGCAUAUUACAUGCAAAGGAAAGAAAUGUAUUCGGAAACAGAAGGUCUUGAUGGUGCACAUUCAAAGCCGGGCAAUGGAAGUAGAGAUGAAGAUAGCACUAAUAGCACAAAUCCAUCGGGUGAAUCUAAAGCAUCCGAUACCCGAGCAGAACAUCAGAAACCAUUACGUACUGCACACCCUUCUUCCGGAGGCGGAGGAAGUAUUAGUAUUGGCAACGGUGGUGGCAGCGGAGAGGAAGGGACAAAGUUUGGCUCCGGGCACACGGAAGACACGCAGCGUUUGCGUGAUGAAUUCUCCGUCACACUGUUCAAAUUCAGUACUGUUUUGGAGGAGACUAUCACUGCACUACAGGGUGUAUUCAAUCUGGAAGAGCCCGAUUUCAUGCCCUCAGAUGAUUAUCAGAUUGAUCCGUCACGUGAUUACUUAAUGAUUCCCAAGAUUUCCAAACUGUUCCGAGUUUGGGACGAUCAAAUCGACCAGGUUUUGACCAAUCUAGAUAAACCGAGACCGAUCAGUUCGGGACCGCUGGAGGAAGUGGACUAUUGGCGUUACCGAUGCAAGGUUCUUACGGCGGUGGCCGAAGCCUUGCGCACCAAGACCGCUCGUUGGGUGAUCGAUGCGUGGUCUGUUCUAUGUCCGGAUGCAACUCCUUACGGACGAGGAGCAGAAAUUAAAGCGCUGAUGUUGGAAGCUAAAGACAAUUCACGGUAA